CUUCGUGCGAUGAGGUUGUAUGUUGUGCGUAGUGCGCGCGUCAACGAUAUCGCGAAAUAAACAAAACUUUUUUUGUGUUUGUGAUGUGAAUUAGUGCAAAAUGACGAUAAUCUGUGCUACUUUCUAGUGUGAUAUAAACAUACUGCGUGUUUUUAUUUUGUGUUUACAAAGUUUUGUUGGUUUUACAUCAUCACUGGAUUUUCAAGUCACCGGCAUUUUAACUGUCCUUUCAAAGAGCCAAUCAGUACAAUGCGACCAACACUGCAACUGCUAAGCGUGUGCUUCUACGCCCUCCUCUCCAGUGGAACCUCCAGUGGCGACGACAGGCGGUGGCUGGUCUCCCUCAUCGACCUGGUGGAGUUCGACUAUCAGGACCAGUGCACGCAGCGGGCAACGGCAACAUGGGAAGAGCUGACGGGGAACAGCAAGGGAUUGUCUUUGAAGCUGGAGCGCGACAAAGCGUACGGGAUCUUCGCAAGGCAACAGAAGACUGAUGUAAAAACAGCAUUUACAGCACAUUCGUUAACAGCAGAUGAUGACAUACUGCGGAGACGAGUGAAGUUACUCCUGCAACCUGGAGAUUCUCUGCUUGAAACUGAACAGUGGAUAAGGCUGGUUACGUUUGCUGACAAGAGCUUGAAUCACCUUCGCUUCGCUGCCGACUAUGAUUGCGGAGCGAACGCGAAUUGCACGCUAAGAGAACUACAAAACAGCAUAGCAAGGGAACAAGAUGAAGAAAAAAUCAAACAGAUGAAAUCAUCAUGGGAGAAGAAACUACCAGAUAUUAACUAUUACUUCGAGAACGUUCUGCCGUUACUCAGAAAUGCUACUAAGGAAAAUCUAUACAACACGGUCGAAGAGUACUGGGACUCGCUCGUGGAAUACGAAGGGGCCAUGUUGAAAGCGCGCGAAAUUUGGGAUCACGUGAAGCCUUUAUACGUCAAGCUACAUAAGUACGUGGCCCUCAGGCUGAAGGGAGCGGACACGGUGGGAAAACCUCUGCCCGUGUAUGCUCUGAAAUCUCUAACGGGGGACGAUUGGUCCAAUUUAAUUGAGAGUCUUUUGCCCAAACACUCGGAUAUAUAUCAAAAAGUUUAUGCAAAUUUACAUUUAAUGGAUAUGGGUGGACUGAACGCUUUUAAAGAAGCCGAGAAGUUAAUAAAACAUCUGAACUUUGGUGAGAUUCCAUCAGAGAUUCUAACAGAAUCAGAUUAUAAUGGCUCCUGUCCAACAUCGAUAGUAGACUGGUGUCAGCCGAACAAAAUGAAAUACGUCACUUGCAAAGAUGUCAGCAUACCCAAUUAUAUGGAAGCCCACGAAGUUGCCAUGAAGAUUAAAUACAAGCUAAUUGCGGCUACACACAGCAAUAAUACAUAUAUAUUAAGAGAGGCUCCAAGAUAUUCAGCUAUAUACGAGGCUAUACCUGGAUUCGUGUCAUUAUUGUCAAUGAAUCCACACACUCUGGAUCGAGCAGGAUUAUACUCCUUGGAUCGUUUUAAUUACAAUCCAAAUUAUCAUCGAUUAGUUCUACAGCUUAUUAUAGCCCUACGUGAUCUGCCUAAAUUAAAUUUCUAUAUUGCUGCGGAUGAAUGGCGCUUACAAUUACUUAUGGGUAAAAUACCUUUCGCAAAAAUUGGCGACAGCUGGAGCGAAUUCCGCAAAAAUUUCUCUUUAAUUGAGUCAUCGAAUAUCGAUGUUCUUGGAGAUCCUUACGUAGUGUCUAAUAAACCUUAUAUUGGUAAAUUCAUGGGACUAAUAUUAAAAUAUCAAGUUUAUCAGUCUUUUGCUGAAGAACUAAUGUCAGAUGAUGGAGACUUAGUUACACAUGUGGCAGACAAUAAUCAACGUUUAAUAGAUGCAAUGAUGCAAGGCUAUGGCUUCACUUGGACUGAAAUGGUGAGCGACGUCUUAGCGAAACGGGAAAACGGAUUAGAAUACACAGGCCUCACUGAUUACUUCAGGCUCUUAGAUGAAUACCUGGAUAAUCAGUUAGAUCCUACUAGCGAAAAUACUUUCGAAGAUUACAUCGAUCCUCCGAGUGAAGAACCCGUAGAAAACGAAAUACCUGAAGAAAAAGAGUCCCCCGUAGAUUAUGAAGAUAAAUAUGACCAAGAAACUCCCAAAACGCACGAGGAUAUCAAUGAGAAUAUUAUUGAAACAGACGAAGAACCGCACGCAAAAUUCGGUCUUGAAACAUCAACUGUUGGUGUACUUGAGAUCAAAAAUCCCGUGGCAGCAUCGGACCAAAAUGAUAGUGAUAGUCCUAAAGAAGCGUCGUACAAUGUGUACUGGUGGAUAGGAAUCGCAGUAGCGAUACUUGUGGUAGUGGUUCUAGUGGCGAUAAUAGCGAGAAAACGCCACAACCACAGGAAACAAUUAGAAAGGCAAAGGAGACAGAACACGCGCGCCUGAUUUGAGGAAUAUCGGUUCUAGGAUCAGAGCCGAUACUCAAUGAACAAGACACUAGUGAAAUUGUGCCAAGUUGGUCACUGUGUGAGUACAAAUAUGUGGUUCAAGUGUUUUAUUUAAUUUAACGUUUCUUAUGUUUUGUGUUCGUGUUUCUCUCUGGUGCUCUUAUUGUAAUAAUUCCAUUUCAUCGCAUUUAACUCUUGUGUUUUUAUGAGUUGUGUCAUAAAAUCUUCAUAUACAUUUAAUCAACUGUAUAAAUAGUUAGUAAAGAUGGAAUAAAUAUUUUUGUACAUAUCACAAUUUGGGAAGUAAAUGAUUGUUACCAAGUGUUAAAUAAUAGGUGUAUAUUUAUAUUUAGAUGUAAUUUCGCUGUGCCUUAAGCGUUUCAAUUUCUUAUAAGUAAUAUUAAUAAUGAUAGAUGGUGAUCUUUGUAAUAAAUACGAGGUAAAUUUUAUAAAUCUUUACUCUGCUGUAAAAAGACCAAGUUCCGAUGCGUUUAUGUUUUAAUAUUCUAUAUUAUUAUUAUUUGUUUUAACAUUUUUUAAUUAAAUGAUUCUUCGAGUUUUUAAUAACCAAGUGUUAUAAUUAAUUCGAUUGUAUUUAAAAUUAUUUAACUAGAUAUUUAUAUUGUCAAGGCAUGAAAUACCAAAUUAUGUGAAUUGGAAGGAAAAUAAAUGUUUAAAACAUA